CAGCAAGGGGAAAUCCCAUAGCACUCCACAUGGCCUUGUAAAAGGUGUGUUCAGACUAGCUUUACAGUUUUAAUAGCUCUGAGCCAGCUACGUCGCUGUCUUGCAUUCCCUCAGCCGUGGAUCAAGGGAUCAGGAUGCAAGGCUUUGACUGGGAGCAGCACCGGGUGGAGUUAGACAGGAUCUUCUUCAAAGACUUCAAUUUGGUACCAAGGGGUAGCCAGGAGCAUACUGAAUUCUGGGCUUUCUUUCGUCGUUAUCAACAGUUUCAAUUUCGGAAACCGCCUCAAGCACGCCCCCCAGAAGACAAAAGUAGGGGGUUCGGAAAAUUCGACCUCCCACAGACGUAUGACCGUUCCUAUCGAAUACCAUUCUCCAUAGUACCGCCCGACCUUGCAUACAAGUUACGUUUAGAGCAAGAUAGGAGGUCUGAAAAACGAAGAGAUGGUUCGCUGACCCUGGAUCACCUCCAUGAAGUCAGAACCGUCCUGAGACAUUUUAUCCUCUUCAAACAAAAACAAAAGUUUGAGAAGCUGUUGAAGAUUCGUCGAGACCAAAGCAAUCUGCCCAUCCACUCGUACAAGUCGUCCAUAGUGUCAGCUGUGUUCUCACACCAGGUGGUCAUCGUGGCGGGGGACACUGGCUGCGGCAAAUCAACUCAGGUGCCCCAGUUUCUGCUCGAUGCCGGUGUCCAGAAGAUAGCGUGCACUCAGCCUCGGAGAAUAGCCUGCAUCUCUCUGGCCAAGAGGGUGGGCUACGAAACACUCAACGAGUUCAGCUCGGAGAUUGCUUAUCAGGUUCGGUUUGAGCGCAGUCGGACACUAGCCACUCGUAUAGUGUUUCUGACGGAGGGCCUCCUCCUGCGGCAACUCUCCACAGACUCUGACCUCUCCCAAUACGACGUGGUGAUUGUUGACGAGGUACAUGAACGACAUAUCCAUGGUGACUUCUUGCUGGGCAUUCUGAAGGGGCUGAUUGAGAAACGGAAGACGUUGAAACUCGUCCUCAUGUCGGCAACCAUCAACAUACAGCUGUUCUCUACCUAUUUUGAGGGAGCUCCUGUCAUUAGGGUUCCUGGUAGGCUGUACCCGAUUGAGCUGGAGUACCAUCCUGUCUCCUCGACCCAGGUGCUCCAGGGGGAGGGGUCCAGUGGUCGGUCACGCCCAGAGAGACUCAACCCAAAGCCUUAUCUCAGAAUCAUGCAGGGAAUAGACGCUAAGUACCCGUCUGACGAGAGGGGUGACCUGCUCAUCUUCCUCAGUGGUAUGAACGAGAUAUCCACCCUGAUGGAGGAAGCAAAGACGUACGCUACUCAGACUCAGCAUUGGAUAAUCCUGCCUCUACACAGCGCCCUCUCUAUUGAGGAACAGGACAGAGUGUUUGACGUUGCCCCGGAUGGAGUGAGAAAGUGUAUCAUCUCAACCAACAUUGCCGAGACCUCAGUCACUAUCGAUGGCGUACGCUUCGUUGUGGAUUCUGGAAAGGUGAAGGAGAUGAGUUUUGACUCUCAGCUUAAAAUGAGACGUCUGCAAGAGUUCUGGAUCAGUCGUGCCAGUGCCGAGCAACGCAAGGGGAGGGCAGGGCGUACUGGGCCAGGGGUGUGCUUCAGAAUGUACGCUGAGUCCGAUUAUGAUUCUUUCAACGAGUACUCCACACCAGAGAUUUUGAGGGUUCCUCUCGACUCUCUUGUGCUGCAAGUGAAGGCACUGGACAAUGGCAACGUGCGGAAAUUUCCAUUUCUGGAGCCCCCCGCUCUAGCGAGUAUUGAGACAGCUGUUGCCUUCCUCAAGGAACAAGGUGCUCUAACUAGCGACGAAUGCCUCACUCCGAUUGGUCGGAUGCUGUCACAGCUGCCUGUGGAUGUGCUCAUCGGCAAGAUACUCAUCAUGGGCACUGUAUUCCACGUGAUAGGUCCGAUCCUAGUGGUGGCAGCUGCACUGAGUGUCCAGUCACCAUUCAGUAGAGUGCUCAUGGGGCAGAGUGACAUCUCUAUUGCUAGGAGACCAUUGGAGUCCGAGCAAGGAGAUCCCUUCACUCUCCUGAAUGCUUACGACGAAUGGAUACAGAUGAAAGCGGAGGGUUCUGGCUCAGUGCAUCGCUGGUGUAGGAGGAGGGGCCUGGAACAACAGAGGUUCUAUGAGAUCACCAAACUCAAGGAACAGUUCCAAGAGAUUCUACUGGAGUAUGGGCUCCUACCCCGAGGCUAUGUUGAGAGUGUCCCCAGUGACAGAGGAGGGCGUGGUCUCACAGAGGACCAGCGGAGGGAGCUCCGACAGAUGAGGAAGAGACAACGAGCCGAGCAUCGGAAGAAGAAGAUAUUGCGACUGGACGAUGAGGGGGGAGCACUCAGUGAUAACGAAGAGGAGUCUGUCACAUCGGAUCUCAAAGACCUUGAGUUUAAACUAUUACACGACCUUUCCCAGCUACAGGAGGCCAGUAAUGUGAGACGAAAUUUCACGCUCAAGGACAUCAACCUGCUCAAGAUUGUCCUAUGCAGUGGCUUGUACCCUCAGCUGGCCAUUGCUGACGACUGUAACUCCAACAGAAAAGACUCAGAGCAAGUCUACCACACAAAGAUGAAGUCGUUUGUACUAUUACAUCCGACCAGUAUAUUCUCCACCAGUCCGGAGUACCUUCACCCUGAGGGCACGGACAAGUGCAAGGAGCUACUGGCUUAUGUUGAUCUCCUGGAGACCAACAAACCGUACCUGGUCAAUGCCGUGAGGGUGCCAGCUCUCCAGACCAUCUCCUUGUUCUCACAGAGUUUGGACACUAACAACGACUGUACCAGGCUAAUUGCUGACAGCUGGUUGGAGCUCAAGUUCCCCAGUGCGGAGGUGGGGGAGAGGGUGAUGGGUGUGGUCCAGACCCUGAGGGCCACUUGGGCUGAGCUAUUGGACACCAAACUGACGGCCUCUCAAAAGCGUUCUAAGGAGGAUCGUUUCCACGACGAUUUUGAUGACACUUCAAAGACAGCUGCCCUCGAGACGUUACUAGCGUCCAAACUGGCCGAGUUUCUGGACAGCUCUUUCCCCUACAAACUCGGUCAGUUGUCAGCAGCUGGCAAGGAGCAUCUCUACAAGGGACCACCCCCUGAUGACCAAGAGGGAGAAGCUGUUUCUAAAGAAGAGUUGAAAGAAUCUGAUACUGUAAAACCAGACAUGAAGCGACACCCACUGAAGGGGGGGUGGGCCAUCACUGAUUACCUCACUUAUGAUUGUCUAGAUGAUGGCACUUUAAGUACUUCGAGUAGCAGUGAUCACAUCAGUCGAGUGUGGAGCUGCCCUCAGUGUGAACAGAGACUGGCUGUUACCCUGGCAGAGCAGCUGCAGCAUCAGGCCACCUGCAAGAAAGACAUGGAACAAGUUGCUGAACAAGACCUCGCUGCCAAGUCAGUAGACCCUGCCCACCUCAAGUCCUACCAUUGCCCCGUGUGUGAACAGACCCUCCAACUGACUCCCAUAGAUAUCCUCAAACAUAAACGUAAACACGCUAAACAAUUAGUGCACAAAUAAAAGUUUAUUUUAUGUCACUAGCUUCCAUUAUAGUUAAUUCUGCUUUUUGGCAUCAGUAAAGUUAUGUCUAUAUUCACGAGUUAUCAUGAAUCAAAACAAAUUGAAAUGCUGUGGUAGUUUCCCUGGGUAUUUUGUAGACAUGCAUGCUGCCAUAACGUUGGAUGUACAUCCCUACAUGUACAUGACAGAUGGGUAAUGAUACAUGUACUUACAAGACAACAGAUGUUAUAGGGUCAUAGGUGGUGGUUUCCCUGGGGUUUUGCUGUAUUCCAAUAAUGACAAAGCACUGCAGUACUAUAAAAAUAGUUAGUGCUCAUGUACUUUGUGUCGAAGCUAAAUCUGAAUCUAUAGUAACAAGAUGUUGUCUACAAAAGCUGAAGUCUGCGAUAUGGAUGAGUACGAAGAUGGUCUCGCUUUCAGAUUUGAAAUGCCCAAAGAGGAUCUAUCUUUGAGGGGUGUUUGCAUUGAAGAUGGUGUGCCUACGCUGCUUUUCAGUGUUGCUAAGAAAGUACCAACGAUUAUAGAGGAAGAAGUGGCUAUGUGUAUUCGUUUGAGCCAAGAAAACAAGCGUCCCGAGUUCUACUACAACGGGUUUCUCCCUGACCACCCUCUUGCAGGAACUGGCCGACAUUUCAAGCAAUACAAGCCACUCUACAUGAGACGCACUUCUAUUGGGGAAACUCUUGCUGAAAUUGACUGGCAAAUGAAGUGCCUAAUGGUUGGUGUCCGUAGUGACAAGAAUAAGGAGAAAUUCUGGUCAUGGACUGAAAAAAGCAAUGUUGAUGGUUUGGCAAGUUUCGAAAACUUUGAACGUGAUCCAUCAAAGCAUGGUGGUGUGUACAUGAAAUGCAAGGGUGUAUCUGUUUGUGAAGAUUCAAACCAGAUUCUCUUUGAAGGAGAACCAGAAAUGGCAAUUGAUUCUGUGGAAUUUCCAGCAUAUUCACGUUACAUCACAGAACAUUUUGAUUCUAUUGCAUACUAUGACGAGCCACUUUUUCUCAAAAUGAAGGAGUACAUAAAGCUUAUUCUUGCUGUUGAGUGGCUGAAAGAAAAAGGAGUUCACUUCAGUCAGAACUGGAUACGAGAGCAUACAGCACCCACGUACGAUCCCCCCAAAUCGUUACAAGUGGAACUCUCAGCUGAAGAAACCAACUCAAUCAUGAAGCAGCUAAAAGAAGAGGCAAAGAAGGCAAUGAAAGGGCCUGAAGUGUUGCAAGCCCUCUCCCAGAGCAAGUACGUGGAUCGAGUCUCUGUUACAAAACCCACAGUGAAAGUCAAAAGCAAAAAUUUUGAAGCUAAGUUUGAGCAAACGAUUGCUCAUCCUGAUUUUGAAAGAACAGCAGACUUAUAUGUGCCUCUUGUACAGAAGAUAGUAGUGAGAGCUACCACACAUGAUUUCGAUUUUCUCUAUGAAGGUAUGGACCCAAACAUGGCAGUCACCCUUGACCCAGACACUAAAGAAACUGUUACACCAGAAGUGAAAUCUUGGUCUGAGCUUAUGGGGGAAACUGAAUUCUUUCCUUGCAAGUGGCUACAAGAUCCUAGCAAUGUGAUGGUCAGAUCUCCAGCUCUCACUGGUGGCAUUUCAACUACUAACAUUCCUGUCCAUCGAGUAAACGAACCUGUACCUGUUCAAUCAACGCCAUGCCCACUUCAAGUGAAAGCAUCUAAUUUUCGAUCGGUGGAGAAAAUACCAUCUUCUUCUGUUCCACCACAGCCUGUGGUUAAUGCACCAUCAAGUAGUGCUCUUAUUAACAGGUCAGCUAUUGCAGGUGGAGCACAGUUAAUGCAUGGACGGGAAGAUUCUUGCUCAAGUGUUGGAACGUCAAGAAAUGGGACAACAAUUAAACAACCAUCACUACACACUCACGGACUAAUAACACAGCUUAUUGCCGGGAAGGAGGUUGGGCCUCCUUUGAAUAUAUCCAUGCACCUCCGUCUCCCCCCUAAAGCUGAAGCAUCAGGCAACUGUGAUAGCGGAUACUCAAGCAUUGCAAGUACCCCUAUGUCUGGAUCUCGUUGAUUGCUCUAACAGAAAAACAGUAUAACUUGAGUAUAGUGACACCUCACUAGUGAUAUAUAGAUGCAACUUUUUUAGUUAGGCUAGUGGCUAGUAACGUAUAUUGUUCAGUCUUGUUUACAAUGAUUAUUGAUAUUUUAUUUGGUUGA